GGGUGGGUGCGAGUGUUGAUCCGCUGUGUUUAGGGGCGUACACGCUGAAGCCCCGGGGCCGGGCUUCUUGCAUUCCGGGCGCUAUCGUCGGGGGGAAAAAGGACCGGGAGAGCCCGUGCAGAACCGAACGUGGAGGCGCCUGUUCGGAAAAGGUGUGCGGAAUGUGUGUGUGUGUGUUUGUGCGUGCAGAGCGUGGCCUCUUGUUUGUCCUUAGGAGGCGGUGAAUGGUUCAGCUGGUCAGUCUGUGCCUUCCCUCUGAUGCAGAAAGCUGCAGAAGGGGCGACAGUGACUCCCGAGUGGUGCUGGGCAGUGAAUGUAGCAGUAAUUCGACUUUUUUUCCCUAAUGCUUUGUGCUGGUGAAUUGGCAGGGAAGAGAUCAUAUCCCAGUACUCGGCACUGAAAAAAAUCAGGAGGCUGAUGCAGAAGAAGGACCAACUGUUCAUCCUGUUGAGAUGUUUGAUAGUCCGUUGUUAGUAGGACCAGCAUGUUCUAACUGAGAUACUGGAAAUCGCAAAAAUGAGAAAAAGUGACACUACUUCCAGACACUUGGUUCCUCUUUCUGAUGAUAAUGAAAGUGAACAGUCAAAAUCUGUUCAAAGAAAGAGAGUGCUUCCAUCUUGGAUGCUGGAAAGAGAUGGCCUGGUUCAGAGGAUUUCUGAGCCUGUAAUGAAAGGAGGUAGUAGAAUGAAAAAAGGCCAAGGAAGGAGUGAAAGUGAUACAGAGUCAUUAAAAUCAGAAGUAAAUGUGCAACAGAAAAAAAGAUUAGCCUCUGAAGAAACUAUAGAGGAUUUUGAAGGUGAAGAGCAAGAUCAAGGGAAAAGGAGCUGUCUUUCCAUCCCCGUCCCUUCAUCUCAGAAUACAUCUGGAUUUCCUCUUGAGAGUACCAUGGGAAACAUGGAAGGAAAUGUCAAGACUGGAACAAAAAACCCUGGAAGUUCUCUGGAAAAAAAUGAUAGGCAGCUGCAUAGUAAAUGGUCUAAAAGAAUAGGUCAGAUCACCAGUAAAACAAAUAUAAUUGAGGAAACAGAAAACAAAGAGCAGAUUACUGGUUCUACAAGCCAACAAGCUCACUGGGGCAGGACUUUCCAAUAUUUUGGUGCCCAGGAAGGGAUUCUUGAGCCUGAUGCAAAUAUGGAUUACGAGACUGAGAUUUCUGAUUCAACCAGAAGUGCAGAUGCUUCAGAAGGCUCCAAACAGAUCAAGCGUAAGAGGACACCUUGCAUGUAUGGAACAGGCUGUUACAGGAAGAAUCCCAUUCACUUUGAGCAGUUCAGUCACCCUAAUGAUGAUGAUUAUCAUGAAACAGAGAGAGUAACUCAGGAUGACAGUGAUAACCGGCCUGAAUGUCCGUAUGGAACGGCCUGUUAUAGGAAGAAUCCACAGCACAAGCUGGAAUAUAAGCACAGUGCACCUCCAGUAACUGAAAGAAGAACCCGACAACGAACUUCAAAGAAUGGAAAAAUGGCUGUGGAGAAAGGUGGUGCCAAUGAUGAUGAACCAAAUGAAUAUGACCUUAAUGAUGGCUUUAUAGAUGAUGAGGAAGAGGAGUGCGAACCUACUGAUGAAGACUCUGACUGGGAACCCAGUUCAGAAGACAAGGAUAAUGAAGAUGUUGAAAUGCUUUUGCAAGAAGCGCAUAAAUUUGUGAAGACCAAAAAGUAGCUGCAGGGAACAAUAUUGCAAAUGAUCUAUCUGGCUGUGUUAAAACAUGGAUGCGCCAGGAGAGGAUUUGCUUUGAAAACUGUUGAGUUGGUUUUGUUUUUUUUUUUCCCCCCAGUGAUGUAGACACUACAGGAAGAUUUUAAUGGGACAAGGGGUUUCAGCAAUGCCUUUCUUUUCUAUAAGUAUUAUUUUGAGAGGGGGUUUUGUUUUAUUAAGUGGUGGAGCCAGAGGAUUGAGCUCUGGAAGUUGUUGUUUUUAGGGUGUUUUUAUAUCUCAUCUCUUUCUUUUGCAACACCAUUGGUGUGUCAUAGUUUGAAAUGCAAUUUUAAAGGUUGUUAAUGCUUUGUCUUCCUGUGCUUGACAGAAAUGUUGGCAUUGGGAAAGCCUUUUGUUUUGCUGAAACACGAUAUAUGCUGUGUUGAACAGAGGAGUUGCACUGUGUGCCUACAGUACCGCAGACUAAUUCUUGGCCAUCACUGGGGAAACUGUCUAAACCCUUUUUUAAUGUUCUUCUGAGUUAGUGCAGUCUGCUAAUAGCUUUCCUUUUAGGUGUCAUUUCUUUGAUUCUGUUGAUGUACAGUAGUUAAAGACAGGUAGUCUAAAUCACUUGAGAACAGCAUCUCAGUGUAUCGAACUGCUUGGUUGUCUCAAAAACAAUUAUGCUGUAUAUGCUGU